UUUUUUUUUUUUUUUUUUUUUUGAGACAGUCUCAUGCCAUUGCCCAGCCUGGAGUGCAGUGGCACAAUCUCAGUUCAUUGCAACUUCUGCCUCCUGGGUUCAAGUGAUUCUUGUGCCUCAGCCUCCCAAGUAGCUGGGAUUACAGGAGUGUGCCACCACACCUAGCUAAUUUUUUAUUAUUUUUUUUUUGUAUUUUUGAUAGAGACAGGGUUUCCCCAUAUUGGCCAGGCUGGUCUCGAACUCCCGACCUCAGGUGAUCCACAUGCCUCAGCCUCCCAAAGUGCUGGGAUUACAGGCGUGAGCCACCGCACCCAGCCUAUAGAUCCUAUCUCUAUCUCUCUGUCUAUCUUCUAUUGGUUCUGUCUCUCGGGAGACACCUGACCAAUUCAGGGAGGGCUCCUGUGAGGAGAAGUUUCUUGAGUCAAGACGCAGAUGAGCAGGGGGAGCCUGCUUUGGAGAUCUAGGGAAGAUGGUUCCCAGCAGCAGGAAGAGGAAGUGCAAAGACCCAGGAUAUCUGCCUGGGGCAGAGUGAGCAAAAGCACGAAGGUCCAACCACAGAGGCCCCAGCAAAGGGCACUUCGUGUCUUAGCCUAAGCUCAGGGGCAAGCUGGCAGCAAACUGUAUCUAUAAAGGGCCAGAUAAGUGUUUUUGGCUUUCAGGGCCAAGAGGUAAAAUCAAGGAUAUUACAAAGAUACUUAUGAAACAAGACAGAAGCCAAGUGCAGUGGCUCACGCCUGUAAUUCUAGCACUUUGGGAGGCUGAGGUGGGCAGAUCACCUGAGGUCAGGAGUUCGAGACCAGCCUGGCCAACAUAUAGACAACAUAUAUGUUACAACAUAUAUAAUGGCCAACAUAUAAUACAAAAAUUAGCUAUGCAUGGUGGUGGGCGCCUGUAAUCCCAGCUACUCAGGAGGCUGAGGCAGGAAAAUUGCUUGAAUCCGGGAGGCAGAGGUUGCAGUGAGCCAAAAUGGCACCACUGCACUCCAGCCUGGGUGACAAAGUGAGACUCUGCCUCAAAAAAAAAAAGAAAGAAAAAGGCUGGGUGCGGUGGCUCAUGCCUGUAAUCCCAGCACUUUGGGAGGCCAAGGCAGGCGGAUCACGAGGUCAGGAGAUUGAGACCAUCCUGGCUAACACGGUGAAACCCCGUCUCUACUAAAAAUACAAAAAAUUAGCUGGGUGCGGUGGUGGGCGCCUGUAGUCCCAGCUACUCAGGAGGCUGAGGCAGGAGAAUGGCGUGAACCUGGGAGGCGGAGCUUGCAGUGAGUCGAGAUCGCACCACUGCACUCCAGCCUGGGCGACAGAGCGAGACUCCGUCUCGAAAAAAAAAAAAAUCCACGCUUGAAUGCAUGCACACUCAUACAUGGACCUCCCCACACACAUGAACACACCCGUGCAAGUGCGCACACAUACACGCACCAAUGCACAGGCACACACACAUGCACACACGUGCACACAGCACAUAUAUGCACACCCACUUGCACAUGUGAUGCAUGUUCACACAUACACACACGUGCACAUGCAUGCAUGUACAUGGACCACGUGCACAUGCACACAGAUGACCAUACACAUAUGCAUGCACCUGCCCACAUAUGCAUGCACAUUUACAUGCCAGCACAUGUAUGAUACACAGGCAUGCACCUGCACAUGUAUACAUGAUACACACUUGCACGCACACAACUGAAUACACACAUUCACAUGCACACACUGCACACAUAUAUGCAUGCAGACAAGCACACACACAGAGCACACAUCCACUCCUUUAUUCCACUCUCGUGUUUUUCACUGCACUUGUCACAUCAAAACACAACAGAAGGCCGGGCAUGGUGUGGCUCACGUUUGUAAUCCCAGCACUUUGGGAGGCUGAGGUGGGUGGAUCGCUUGAGGUCAGGAGUUCGAGACCAGCCUGACCAACAUAGUGAAACCCCAUCUCUACUAAAAAUACAAAAAGCAGCCAGGCGUGGUGGCGCGCGCCUGUAAUCCCCGCUACUUGGGAGGCUGAGGCAGGAGAAUUGCUUGAACCCAGGAGGUGGAGGUUGUAGUAAGCUGAGAUCGCGCCACUGCACUCCAGCCUGGGCAACAGAGCGAGACUCCAUCUCAAAAACAAAACAAAUAAACAAACGAACAAAAAAACCCACAACGUAUUAUUUUCUUGUUUACGAGGUUUCUUGUCUCUCUGGCUCCACCAGAAGAGGAGCAGGGACCCUUCUUGCUGUUGUUCAUUGCUGCAUCCCCCACACCGAGAGCAGAGUCUGGCAUGGGCAGAAAGUCCUCAGUCAAUAUUUGGUGGCCCCAAGCGAAUGAAGCAUCCAAGAAGGGAAAGCUGGGGGCUCCCCACUGCACUUGCCACCUGAGUCACAUUUUCAGAAGCCUCUGGAAAGUGUGAGAGUCUGUAUGAGUGAGAGUGAGACAGGGCCAAGACCGGGGGCGGCGGGGACCGGAAGAAGAGGAGGGUUGAAGGACCCAGGCGUGUCAGCCCUGCUCCAGACACCUUGGGCAUGGAGGAGAGUGUCGUACGGCCCUCAGUGUUUGUGGUGGAUGGACAGACCGACAUCCCAUUCACGAGGCUGGGACGAAGCCGCCGGAGACAGUCGUGCAGUGUGGCCCGGGUGGGUCUGGGUCUCUUGCUGUUGCUGAUGGGGGCCGGGCUGGCCGUCCAAGGCUGGUUCCUCCUGCAGCUGCACUGGCGUCUAGGAGAGAUGGUCACCCGCCUGCCUGACGGACAUGCAGGCUCCUGGGAGCAGCUGAUACAAGAGCGAAGGUCUCACGAGGUCAACCCAGCAGCGCAUCUCACAGGGGCCAACUCCAGCUUGACGGGCAGCGGGGGGCCGCUGCUAUGGGAGACUCAGCUGGGCCUGGCCUUCCUGAGGGGCCUCAGCUACCACGAUGGGGCCCUUGUGGCCACCAAAGCUGGCUACUACUACAUCUACUCCAAGGUGCAGCUGGGCGGUGUGGGCUGCCCGCUGGGCCUGGCCAGCACCAUCACCCACGGCCUCUACAAGCGCACACCCCGCUACCCCGAGGAGCUGGAGCUGUUGGUCAGCCAGCAGUCACCCUGCGGACGGGCCACCAGCAGCUCCCGCGUCUGGUGGGACAGCAGCUUCCUGGGUGGUGUGGUGCACCUGGAGGCUGGGGAGGAGGUGGUCGUCCGUGUGCUGGAUGAACGCCUGGUUCGACUGCGUGACGGUACCCGGUCUUACUUUGGGGCUUUCAUGGUGUGAAGGAAGGAGCGUGGUGCAUUGGACAUGGGUCUGACACGUGGAGAACUCAGAGGGUGCCUCAGGGGAAAGAAAACUCACGAAGCAGAGGCUGGGCACGGUGGCUCUCGCCUGUAAUCCCAGCACUUUGGGAGGACAAGGCAGGCGGAUCACCUGAGGUCAGGACUUCAAGACCAGCCUGGCUAACAUGGCAAAACCCCAUCUCUACUAAAAAUACAAAAAUUAGCCGGACGUGGUGGUGCCUGCCUGUAAUCCCAGCUACUCAGGAGGCUGAGGCAGGAGAAUUUUGCUUAAACCCGGGAGGCAGAGGUUGCAGUGAGCCGAGAUCACACCACUGCACUCCAACCUGGGAAACGGAGUGAGACUUUGCCUCAAAAAAAAGAAAGGAAGAAAAAGGAAAACUCAGGAAACAGAUCUUGGGGGACACUCCAGGGAACCCAAAACUCAAAGGCAGAGAGCUCAGUGGGCACCACCAAGGACCAAGAACUCAGGCAUCUCGAGGGGCUGAAGCCCCAGCAGGCACCUUCAGAAGACCCACGUAGACUGCAGACCCUGCCACGGACAAUACUAAGGACAAAAACCCAGAGACUUGGGGUCUGUGGGCCCCCAAACAUUGGGUAAAGUUGAUUUGCCUGAUAUUCAGGAAGAAGGGGUGAGGGGUGGGUAUUUAUGCUUUUGAUUCAGAAGAAAGUGGGACUUGGGAUUCCAGGGACUUGGCUGGGGGUGGGAAACUUCAUCCACUUCCCUACUCUCAUCAUGAGUACGGACAGGGUGGGCGGGAGACUAAUCAUCGGGACUCAUCAUGAAGAGCCCAGCCCCACCCCACCUACAGUCAGAGUCACAUACUCAGAUCCCACCCACAGACUGGUGGCCACACCUCAGCCUGGUCACAAAGAGUUACACUCAGAUACAUGAGCACGGCAGUGUGCUCAUAACUGUUUAACAACCAGCUGUCCUGGGAGGGGGACAGCUUUGUAAUGUUUGCCAAUUCCAUGGUGUAAAUGCUACCACCAUGGCUGAUUUCAUCACUGCCAAGCAUAGACAUCCCUAAUAGGACACCACGGAUCUGUCCCCGGCAUCCAGCCCAGGGCCUGGCACAAAGCAUGCUCUAGGGAAAUGCUUGCUGAUUGAAAGGAAGGAAGAAAGAAUGACUAUACAGUCACACCUAUGGCAUCCCACAAAAUCUGUCACAUGGCUGCAUAAUCUCAGCCACUCUUUCACAACUAUAGACUCAUACACGCGAAGUGCCAGAUUCAUGCACAACCACACAAUCACAUGGAAGUCACAGAAGGCAUCACAGACAGUCACAGCACUGUGUGUAUGUUAUAACACAAGCACACAAAACUCAGACAGCAUCCCAGCUACACAGCCACUCCCAGAGGUGUCACCGUCACACUUGGUAAUUAAUACUCAUUACAUUAGAUACAGACAGACCAAGUUAUAGUCAGAUCUGGUUACACACAUACACACACACAAUAUCACAAUGACAAAUACACAACAUCACACACACACAACAUCUCAAUGACACACACAUCACACACACAACAUCACGAUGACAAACACACAUUACACACACAUCACAAUGACAAACACACAACAUUACACACAUAUACACACAGCCUGAGGGCCCUCCCCAGCCCAGACUAACACAUCUCGGGGUGAGGACCAGACCUUGUUCAUAACCCUGGGCCUCUUAACCACUGAUCUUUGAAAUAAAUGGCAAAUACUUGUACCUGGAUCUGUCUAGUUCUUAGGGGAACAAACUGAAGAAGGGUGGAGAGGAAUUGUCAGGCCUAAAGAGCCCCACAGGGAAAGGGAGGAGUCGGAUGGGGGGCAACCAUCAGCAACAAGUGGUGGCUCCUAGAGGCAGAGGGAUGGAGAUAAUGACCCAUGGAGGUCAUUCUACAGAUGAGGAACCUGGACCCAGUUGGCUCAAGUCCAUGCAGGAAAUGUGGGGGAAACCAGAGACCUCACGUCUGGAUCUGGCUUCCUCUCCAAUCCCCAAUUCCUGAGGAAGUAGAGGCUACAUCCCGCAAGACGCCCUUAUUAGACACAUCCAGGACAGAGUGACAAUCCGCCAAGCCGGCUGGAAGCAUAAAACACAGGGAGCUGGUGGGUUGGGUGGGGGCAGAUAAUGAUAUGCAUACAAAUUAGAGGGUCUAUGCAAAUGAGCAUUGCUGCAGUGUGGCUGGAGGGAAUCCUUAGUUCCUAGGAUUCUAGAAUAAGGGUUUCGACCCCAGAGGUGAAUGUAUUGUUAUUAUUGUUUUGUUGUUGUGAAUGACCAGUCAAAAUUUGUGGGUUAUUGUUGUUAUUGCCAAUAGUAUUCUUGUCAUUGUUGCACAGUACAGAGAUGAAGGAAACAGAUUUUGCAAUCAGAUGAUCCUGGGUUCUGAGUCCACUCUGCCACUCACCAGCUAUAUGACCUCCAGCAAUUUCCAUCACCUCUCAAUGCUUCAGUUUCCCCAUCGGCAAAAUGGUUGUGAGGGGAGAGGAACAACAGUACAGAUUCACCAUCCCAAAUUCAAAAUGCUCCAAAAUCUAAGCCGGGCAUGGUGGCUCAUACCUGUAAUCCCAGCACUUUGGGAGGUCAAAGUGGAUGGAUAACCUGAGGUCAGGAGCUCCAGACCAGCCUGGCCAACAUGGCGAAACCCCGUCUCUACUAAAAAUACAAAAAAUUACCUGGGUGUGGUGGGGGGCGCCUGUAACCCCAGCUACUCGGGAGGCUGAGGCAGGAACCCUGGAGGUUGAGGUUGCAGUGAGCUGAGAUCACACCACUGCACUCCAGCCUGGGUGACAGAGCAAGACUCCCAUCUCAAAAAACAAAAAAAACAAAAAAAUAUGCUCCAAAAUCUGAAACUCUUUGAGCCCCAGUGUGAUGCCACAAGUGGGAAAUUCCACAACUCAUCACAUGUGACAGAUUGCAGUGGAAAUGCAGGCACACACCACGAAGUUUACUCAGCAUCCUCAAAGGAAAUCCCCGUCAGUAGCUAUAUAUCAUUUUCUCACAUGCCAGAUAGGUAUCUCUCAUCUUUUACUGUUAAGUACUUCUGUGUUGAAUAGGUGGAGGAAAAUGAUUGCUGGUUAGUAGUAUAUAAAUUCAGAGUCAGGAAUGGUGGUGAUGUCGGCUGGGUGCGGUGGCUCACGCCUGUAAUUCCAAUGUGAUACCCUACCUUGUGUUUCACCUGAUUGACUCUCCGUUAGCUGAGAGAGCCAGGCAGACUCUAUUUUGGCUUCUUCGCUUGCAGUCCCUCACCCACCCCCCUUCCUCAAGGACUUAAGCUGACUCCCAGCACAUCCAAGAAUGGAAUUACUGAUAAGAUACUGUGGCAAGCUAUAUCCACAGUUCCCAGGAAUUCAUCCGGUUGAUAGCACCCAAAGCCCCCGCGUCUGUCACCUUGUGAAAGAUUUAAAGCCCCUGCACCUGGAACUGUUUGUUUUCCUGUUACCAUUUACCUUUUUCACUUUCUUGCCUGUUUUGCUUCUGUAAAAUUGCUUCAGCUCGGCUCCCUCUUCCCCUUCUAAACCAAGGUAUAAAAAGAAACCUAGCCCCUUCUUUGGGGUCGAGAAAAUUUUGAGCGCUAGCCAUCUCUCAGUCGCCGGCUAAUAAAGGACUCCUGAAUUAG